AACAUUCUGCUUAAUGCUCUUCUAAAUGUUAUUUGUUAUACACAUGCUUAGUAUGUUCCUGUAAUGCAGUUUUAGUCUAUAUGUGGAUUGCAUAUACUGAUUAGUAGUUAUUCACCCAUACCAGAGUUUGAUAAUUGUUUGCUUGUCUAUGCUUUACAUGUAUAAUAUGCAUCUUUUUCAAAAUAAAAACCGGUACAUAUUCUAGAUUUCUUAACUAUAUCUUUUUUUUUAAUUCUACACUUUGUUGUCGUGCCGGAUCCUGACACAUAUCUCUUCCUAUGAGAUAAAAUUAGGGUGCUUUUAUUAUUAUGAGGAAGCAAUUAGACUUAGGCAAAACCACCUAGCCCAAGUUUGGGUUGAAUGAUGUUUAGCUUACCGUCAGGGCUAAGUCCAAAAAUUCUCUUGAAAGCCAAACCCUAGCUCAAACUCAAGCCUAGAAUGAGGCCUAAAUAGGCUUGACUACACUAGGCAUGCAUGUUGGCCCAAAUUUAUGCUUGAUUUGGAGAAAGGGCACUGCAGAGGAAAGAUGCCAAGUUCGCCAAGAUCAUUAGAGUUCCAAGGGAGCUGGUUCAGGCCAUGGGGAUUGACGUGGGGGACAAGGCUGAUGUUGCCAUAGUAGAUUGAUGGAGAGAAAGGGUUGAGAUUGUGGAUUAGUGGAGGGCAAGAAGCCAAGGUCAUUAUAGUGGAUUGAUGGAGGGAAGGAGGUUAAUGCUAUCAUGAAUUGGCAAGGGUAGAGGUCAUGGUUCUUGUAAAUCAGUGCAUGGAAGGAGACUGAGGUGGCAAUUGGUGUAGGGGAGGAGGUUGUGAAGCCAUGGAUCAACAAAAGGGAGGAGAGAAGGUGAGAAACUUGCAAUGGCAAGAGAUGAGAAGAGGCGAAGAGAAAAGGAGAGAAGGUCAUCAAUGUUGAAAGAGGAGAAGAGAUGGAGGGAGGAAGUUUCCAAAACUAGAUAUAAAAUAUAUAUUAAAAGAAUAGGUACAUAUAAUAUUAAUUGUUUCAUAGUUUCAGGCUCCAAUUUAGGCUUGAGCGGAGCCAAUGCUUGAGCUGGUUCUAGUUUAUUCGGGCCUUAACUUUUAGGGUUGGCCUAAUCAUAAGGUUUACAAUUAUUAGUCCAACUGGGCUCAUUUCCAGUCCCGUGAUUUAUACUCUUUGAACAUUAGAAAGUUGCAUAUUCAUGGACAAGAUGAUAUGUUUGGGGCAAAAGAUGGUCCCUGCUAGAUUCAUUAAGAUGAAAAAAUUGCUUUUGCAUGGACUAUGAUUAUUUGCACCUUACUAUGAAUCUCUAGUUUCUAUAUAUCCAUUUUAGGCACUACUCAAUGCAGAUGUAAAGGGUCUUCAAUACAUGAUUUUUUUUGGUUUAUAAGUACUUUAGACCUUAUCGGUCAUAACUGAUGAUUUAGAUUUUCGUUUUAUGACCGCUAUCCUUGAAUCUUGUAGGCAAGGCUAGCUGAACUAGUACCAGAACCCGUGCCGGUUGGCUACUAGUUCGGUACAGUACUGAUUUGGUACAGGGUGAAGCGGGUAGUUCACCUUGGUUCAAUAGACCAUUUUCAAGCCUUUUGAGAUAUUGAGGGGGGGCUGAACCUGUUCGAGCCGAGCGGUUCAAACCGGUGCGAACCGAGCAGUUCAAGCUAUUUUUUGAAAAGAAGCGCCGUUGGUUUGGUGCUGGUUGAACCGGGCGGUUCGGCCUAGUUCAGCAAACCAUGCUUGUAGUACUAUGAAUCUCUAGAUUCUGGAUGUCCAUUUCGGGCACAACUUCAUACAUAGGGCUAUUUUCCAGUUGAAGAAAGGAGGUUACUUGUGAAUGAAAAACUUCGCAGCAGAGCAGAAUCUGGUACGUGCAACGUGUGUUCUGCUCCUUGCACAUCUUGUUUGCACUUGAAGCGAACCAUGCCACUCAUGGAAUCAAAAAUCAAAGAUGGGCUUUCGCAUAACACCUCUGGGAGAAAAGAAGAUGAUAGUUGUUCUUUCUUUGGUGGCAAAGGGCCUAAUUAUAAGGGCAGAGAAUGUGAUGACCAGCAGCAUGCAUCUAAUGAAACUAGUAAUUUACUAAGCUCUACUUCAAGUUAUGAUUCAUGUUUUGAAAAUUGUGAAAGUAAAGCGCAAUUACGAGUCUCAGUUACAGAUGGUGCAUCAGAAGAUGUUAAAAUACCCCCUCCAGAGUCUUCAGAUGAAGCAGUUAAGCUUCUCUUGGAGCAAACCACUGUUACUGCUCAUAAUUCAUUUCCCUCUGACAGCCAGACAACAUCUGAUCUGCCCCAUCAAACACUCUCAGGUCUAGUUGAUGAGCAUCAUGUUUUAGAAUACCAUGGGGAUAACGUUUCAUGUAUUUCUGUAGUUGAGGAUAAGGAUACUGAUACUGCAGUCCAUGCUCCUUGUACGGACUCGGAAAAUACAAAUUCAACAUCCAGGAUUCCAUCAAAUGGUAAUUUGCUUGCCAGAAAGGAUGAAAAGCCAGUUCAGACUGAAGCUCUCCAUGAUCAUCAUAUUGAUGAAAUAAAAGAGAUUCAGAAUGACUUUAAAAGGCCUGGCACAUGCCUUGAAGUAUCCUUACCAAAGAAUAGUGGUUCUAGUUUUGCAAAUGUUGGCUCUUACCCCAAAUCUGAACAUUCUGAGUUCCAUCCAUCAAAAAGUGAUAAUUCUUCUUUUCAUGAUUCUUUUUUCAAGGAAAGAAAUGCAUGUUCGCAACUUCCAGCAGAAAUUUUGAAAUGCUAUGUAGCCAACGAGGAAUCUUCACUAGCAGGAGAAUUGGCUGCUGGCAGUGUUGACGGGCAAGAAAAUACUGCACUUGCAAACAGUGAUAUUAAUAAAGCAAGCAGCAUAACAAGUGAACCUACUUCAGUUUCAUUGAAUGAUACUGAUGAUGCCAGGAAGUGCAGCUUCAUGAAAGAGCCAUCACCAAAGUCCAGUUCAUUGUUAGAGACAGCUAAUAUGGAGGUUUCCAAGACUCAACCUCAGACUACCUCUGACAGUGAAAAUUCUGCAGAAAUUGAGGAUGAUGUAAAGGUCUGUGAUAUCUGUGGAGAUGCAGGUCAGGAAGAGUUACUUGCUAUUUGCAGUAGAUGUAGCGAUGGUGCAGAGCACAUUUACUGUAUGCGAGUAAUGUUGGACAAACUUCCAGAAGGUGAUUGGUUAUGUGAAGAAUGCCAGCUCAAGGAGGAAACUGAAAAUCAGAAAGUGGAUAAAUCUGAAGCUGCAAGUGAAAUGCUAGAAAUUCCUUGUUUGAAUGAGAAAGCUCAGAGUUCUGGAAACACAUUUAACCCUGAAGUUUUGCCUAAUUUGGAGACCAAGGAAAUCAAUUCAGAUGCCAAAGGGGGGGUAAAAGGACUUCAAAGUACUCAAGACUCGACUAAGAGGCAUGGUAAGAAUGUAGAGGUAACUUCAAUUCCUAGCAUCAAGGUUUCUGAGACAAGUGGUGGGUCAACAGGGAUAACAAGUCCUAGGAAAAAUACUGUAUGGUCUCGUGAAAGUUCAUUCAACAGCUUGGAUGUUGGAAAAGUUAAGCCAGUUAACCCAUUGCCAUCAUGUGGAGUUCAGUCAAGGAGUGGCUCUCAGCCCAUUGCCCACUCACAAGCUUCUUUGGGUUCUAAUUCAUCCAAGAUUGAAGCACAGUUUGAAUCAACAAGAGGGUUAUUAUCAAAGUCAGCAUCUUUCAACAGCUCAAAAAUGCCAAAAGUCAAACAGUUGAUUGAAAGUGUUCCUCUUAGGCAAAAAAUAACCAGUUCCAGUGACUCAAAAAAGGAGGGGUUGCUCAAAACAUUUACAAAAUCUGCAUCUUUUAAGAGCACAAACUCAGGCUGCAAUACUGAGUCAGCAAAUAAAAUCCAGUCCCUUGAUCCACUCCGGGCAGAGGAGCCAAGAGGAGGGAAACUGGUAAAAGAAAGAAAUGUAAUAAAUAAGAAGAAUUCUUCUGUAUCAGAUCGCCCUUCCAUAAGUCCUUCUCUAUCAGCUAGUACCAGCUCUCCUUUUACGAAGGUGGAUAUAAAGUUUCCACAGCAUGUUGGGAAGUCCAAUAAAAUUCCUGAUUUAAGCAAUGUUGGCACUGAUAGAGGAUCAAACAAUGCAAAUAAUUUAGGAUGUAAAGAAGUAAAGAAACAGUCAUCAUUUUCAUCAAGAACUUCUGGAAGUACUCCUUCAAAUGGAUUACGUAAGUCUGAGGAUCAAAAGACUUAUCAACCUGUCUCCAAGGAAAAUGCCUGUGCAAGUUCUGCUGCUGUUGAUAGAGCAUGUUGUAAUCCAGACUCAAUCCAACAAUGCAGUACACCUCAGGUUGCGGAAUCGACACAUCGAGAUGAUACAACCAAGGACCAUACGCUUUCCAGUAGCUUGAGGCAAGCAGCUUCAGGAAGCAGUCGGUUAUUACGGUGUCAAAGGUGUAAUGAAACAGGUCAUACAACCCAAUUCUGUGCUGUCGACAAACUUCGCAUGUCUGCUGUUAGGCCUUCAGCCGAGCGAAAUUUAAGGGAGGGGAGUAACAGAAACAGUAAGUGGAAAGACGUGGUGGAAGCAAUGAGUUCAAAAACUAGACCACUAAAAAAUAUUAAAUCACCAGAUCAAUCUGUGGAAAUUUCAACAUCCAGUGCUGAUCAGAAUUCUCAAGUAACUUCUAAAGAUUUUCAAUCAGGUUCUUUAAGGUGUCCAAGGAAUCUACCUUCCAUGGAAGAAACAGCUGAUGGGCAAGAAGUCUUUAGAAGCUCGGCUGAUUUUAGCAAAGCAGCUGUCUUUCAUGUGAAGCAGAAGACCUCGUACCAAGAGGAAACUGUAUGUGUUCCAAAAGAUGGCAAUACAAAUACCAUUCUUAACAUUUCAGAAAAGUUGAAUCUGAAACCUCAGAUGCAGAUCUUGCCUGGUCAAGCUUCUGUUCUUGAACCUCCAUUAAGGGCUUCAGUAAUUCCAAAGCUUGAAUUAAUUUGGCAAGGUGGUUUUAAGGUGCUGAGAACUGGGGGACAUUCUGAGAUCUGUGAUGGUCUUCAGGCUCAUCCAUCAACUUGUGUGUCACCAAAAGCACUUGAAGCAGCAUUUAAGUUUCCUUGCAUUAUCCAUCUGGAGGAAGUUCCUCGCCAUGGCUCAUGGCCUUCACAGUUUCAGAAGAACAGUCCUAAAGAAGAUAAUAUUGCUCUUUUUUUCUUUGCUAAAGACAUCGAGAGUUACAAGAAUAAUUAUAGCAAGCUGUUGGAAACUAUGCUUAAGAAUGAUUUAGCCCUGAAAGGGAACGUGGAUGGGGCUGAACUUCUCAUAUUUCCAUCAAAUCUGUUACCUGAGAACUCUCAGCGGUGGAACAACUUAUUUUUCCUUUGGGGUGUAUUCAGAGAAAGGAAGGAAAAAAGCUUAGAUGACAUGCCUGUUUUCCAGAAGCUCAAUAGGCCCAAUUUGAACAUGGAGCCCUUGGAUCAAGAUUUGCCUGCCCCAAUUAUGUCAGGAGUUUCUCUCUCUCACGAGAAUCCAAAUAAGGAAUUAUCCAGGUCUGAAAGAUCCCAGAAGAGGAAAAAAGUCAGUUCCACUAGCAGUGUAGAUUUUCGAGAUACUUCAUCUUCAGGAAUCAAGGAUAGGGCCUGCAAUGCACAAGAAUAUUCUUUUGUAAAACCCUUGCAUCAGGAAGCAAUUGAUAAUAAUAUGCCACUAAAGCUGACUUCAGGUUCACUCCCUGCAAGCAGCUUGGGAAAAAAUGCUAAUUGUACUUGUCCCGAAUCAAAUCUUCAGAUGAACUCUGAGCAGUCAUACCUAGGUGUUCAUUUUGGUGUCACGUGGCUGAAUAAUUUCAGCGACAAUUCAGAUGGCAGAGAAGAUUCAGAGCAUAUAUGUCAUGUUCAAGCAAAUAGCAUACAGAGUAGCCAUGAUGAAGAUGGAGUAUUGCCCACCUUCUCAGUUUCCUCAUAUUGCGGACAAGGUACUGAAAUCAAGCAGAAAAACAGCUUUAUGAACAGUGAAUCUGUUUUGAAUGACGACUCACUGGAUAAUCUGCUAGAGAUAGACCAUGUCAGCUCAAGGCAUAACAGGAAACCAAUGCAAUCAAACACCAUGGAUAAACUGUCACAUGUUCCUGGUGAAACAAUUCUGCAAAAUGAAGAGGCAAACUGUUCCAUCAAUGAUGAAAAGGAAAGCAAGAAGAUGAAGCUUGACAAUGGAAUAUUUGCUGGUUGUUCUAGAGAGGAAAUUUUGAGUGCUAAAUUGUCAUCGAAAGUACAUCCACUGUCAUCUAGCUUCACGAAUGAUAGCAUCCAUGCUGAGACAAUGCCUGAGAGCUCAAGAAGUGUUGUAAGGAACUUCUUUCCAGUGGAUUCAGGUCCUAUAAGGGGUAAAAGGGCAGAGGACUUCAUAUAUCUUUCUUCAGAUGAUGAAGAUUUGCCAGAAUCCAAUGCCCCAGAUCUUAAACUAGCUUUGGGAGGAAAAAAGAAAUCACUGGGACAGGAUAUUUUGCCCUUAUUUCCUCCAAAGGUUGGUGAAAAGAGUAACCAAGAUAAGCCUCCUGGUCCUGCAGUUGUCGAUGGAGAUGAUGUCUCGGCAUCACUUUCUCUAUCACUUGCUUCCCCUGCCUUGGUGAAGGAACAAACAUCCAAAUCUGUUUCAAAAACAGGGCAGAUGAUGCCUGAGAAGCCCGGUGCUAACACAUCUUUUUUCUUUUUUCAUGGCUUUACUGACACUUGAAUCAAUCAAGAGCAUGCUUGGCUUUUAAUUUUUCGAAGGGUGUAGUCAAGAGUAUACUGAUCAUUGAGGAUCAUCGAGGGCAAUGUCAGAGCCUUGCCCAUAUGUUCAUUAUCCAUGCAAAAUCCAUUUCACUUUCUUCUUCGACUUUCUUUUUUCACUUCUUGCUUCAGGGUGCAGUCUCGCAGCUGUUGUAUAUAGAAGGCAGGCUGCAAUUUUUACACCAUAUGGGUGCACCAUGUGGGGCUCUCAAGAUAUUUAUUUUAUGUAGAUGGUCACUAAGAUAUACCAGCUACUCGCAUGAGAAAGAAGCAUGCCAAAAGGCAGCACCUGUCCUCUCUGCGCAACACAGGUGGAUGAUUUGGAUAUUACUGAAGCACUUGCUUGCCGAAUGGUGGUUGUCUCCCAAGCUGCAGCUUCCGUUUCUCAUUUCCUGAUCAAUGGAGGUUCACCUCAGGUCACAAGAAAUUCAUCAUGUACACUACGUUGCAGCACUUAUCUGCUUGGGAUGGUAUGUUUCGAGAGAGGGUCCAAUGGUUAUUCAGUUUCCGAGUGAGAGGAGCAGGGGAGAAAGUUUAUGAUCUCAUCAAUGGUCAUGCCCAAGCCCAUAUCACCAUGCGAGACCUGAAGCGUAAGAAGAGAUCCUUGUAUGGUGGUGCUUGCAGAUGCACCGAGAGAUGCACUGUUCAGAUUAUAAAGUAUCAGAGAUGAUUAUUCUAUUUAAUAUUUGUAGUUGCUAGGCAGACAAAAAGAUGGACUGUACUGGUACCUUACAUUAUAAAGGCAUAUCAAAGGGCUUGCCGGUUAAACUAAUUAGUCCAAAUUAUGCGUGGAGGCUCAAAAAGUGGAGUAUGAUUGCUUUUGAAGGAAAAAGAAUUCCAAUUCUCGUUCA